UUAGCGGGGACUGCAAUCCAGGCAGGAGUCGUGUUCGGCUGGUCGGAGCGCUGGCGCUUCCCGCACGCCACGGGGUCCCCGCCAGCGCAGUGCCUUAAGAGCGAGCGUCUGCGUCCCUCACUUUGCCUUCCCGAUGUCUCCGUCAGGCUGCUGAUCUCUGCACAGGCGUCCCGCAAUCGUGUGGGGCAGUGGGGGUCUCUGAAGAGGCAAAAAGCCUUCUUCGGAAAGCGGGAAUGGAGAUAAACUGUUUAACACUAAAAGACUUGAUCAACCCCAGGCAGCCCAGACUAGAUUUUACAGUUGAAGAUGGAGAAAAUGCACAAAAGGAAAAUAUAUUUACUGAUCGCUCAAGGAUGGUCCCAAAGACUCCAAUAAAAAAUGAACCAAUUGACUUAUCAAAGCAAAAAAUCUUCACUCCAGAAAGAAAUCCCAUUACUCCAGUCAAGCUUGUUGACAGGCAGCAGGCAGAACCAUGGACACCUACAGCUAACCUGAAGAUGCUCAUUAGUGCUGCCAGCCCAGAAAUAAGGGACCGGGAGAAGAAAAAGGAACUGUUUAGACCCAUUGAAAACAAGCAUGAUGCAUUUACAGAUUCUCUACAGCUUGAUGCUGUUGGGGACAGUGCUGUUGAUGAAUUUGAAAGACAAAGGCCAAGCAGAAAACAAAAAAGUUUAGGACUCCUGUGCCAGAAGUUUCUAGCGCGUUAUCCAAGUUAUCCCUUAUCAACUGAGAAAACUACCAUCUCCCUAGAUGAAGUUGCUGUCAGUCUUGGUGUUGAAAGGAGACGCAUCUAUGACAUUGUGAAUGUGCUAGAGUCACUGCAUCUGGUCAGCCGGGUGGCCAAGAAUCAGUAUGGCUGGCAUGGAAGGCACAGCUUGUCCAAAACCCUAAGGAACCUCCAGAGAUUAGGAGAGGAGCAGAAAUAUGAAGAACAGAUGGCAUUCCUCCAACAGAAAGAGCUGGACCUGAUGGAAUAUAAAUUUGGAGAACAUAAAAAAGAUGGCUAUCUGGACUGUCAGGAUCAACAGUUGUUGGAUUUCUCAGAACCCGACUACCCCUCAUCAUCUGCACACAGUAGGAAAGACAAAUCUCUGAGGAUCAUGAGCCAGAAGUUUGUCAUGCUGUUCUUGGUCUCUAAAACCAAGAUAGUUACCCUGGAUAUGGCUGCCAAAAUACUGAUAGAAGAAAGCCAGGACACCCCAGACCACAGUAAAUUUAAAACAAAGGUACGGCGACUCUAUGACAUAGCCAAUGUUUUGACCAGCCUGGCUUUGAUAAAGAAAGUGCAUGUAACAGAAGAACGGGGCCGUAAACCAGCAUUCAAAUGGAUUGGGCCCGUGGACUUCAGCUCCAGUGCUGAAGACCUGGUGGAUGUUUCUGCAUCUGUCUUACCAGAACUGGCAAGGGAAACAUACGACCAGAUCCCAGUUGGUGCAAAACAGAGGCUGGCUUGUUAUGGUUCUCUUCACCCAGUUCAGGCUUCUGAGAGGAUCCAGAGGAAAGUAAACUCAGAACCCAGCAGCCCCUGCAGAGAACAAGGAUCAAAUAGCUAUACUUUAGAUAUGGGAAGUCUGGCAGCUGUCUAUAGACAGAAACUAGAGGACACUUCACAAAGAAAAGUCUUUGCCAGUAAGACAGUGGUGCCUCCAUCUAGCAGUUUGAGCACUAUUACACCUUCCCUCUCUGUUGACUCAGAAUAUUAUGCCAGUCCUUUAGCUCAUCAAGUGUUUUCUGUGGCUAAGGCAGAUUUGCAGGCUUUCUCUGUGCAAAAAGGUCUGAAUGGCCAAGUAGGUGCCUCCCUCACUCCUGCGGCCUCUGACCUGGAAAGCCUGAAACCAGCUCAGCUAGCUGGACAGCCCCUGGUGUACAUGCCCUCCUCUUCACUGGUCAUGCUGUAUGGGAGCCUGCAAAAGGGACCAUCCCCAGGGUUGACGUCCGAGAAGGACAGCAGAAGCUCAGAAGUCCCUGUUGCGCAAGAGCUAUCAUCUCUACUCUCUGCUCAGAAACGCCUCUGUGAGGAUAGGGAACAUCAGGAAGAAGAUGAGCCAGCCACUAAAAGACAAAAUUGGAAAUGUGAAGACAGCCCCCUCUCCCUUGUCAUACCUAAGAAAUUAUCAGAAUCCACAGACCGUGUCUCUCCCAAGAUGAUGGCUAGCAGUGAAUCUAUACCUUUCAAAGACUGUCCUGUGAAUAGUCACCCCUCUGCUUCGAAGGAAGUUUCGGGAAAGGCUACAGCUAAUGGCUUUGUUUCUUCUGAGUGGGGAAGUUCAUCAAGAAAUAUAGAUGCUGAAAAGCCUAUGAAAGAAAGUGAAAGUGUCCAAGAGCCUUCUCUGCUACAGUGCCUGUAUGUGCAGUCUCCAGCUGUUUCAGGAGUAAAUGGCUUCAAUGUGCUUAUAUCUGGCAAUCUGCCCCCACCGAGUGUGGGAACAUCCUCGGCUCAGAUGUCCUCCUUUGGUGUUCCAUGUAUGGUCUUACCGUCUCCUACUCUGGGAGCUUUUCCUGUCCUGUAUUCUCCCUCAGUGCCUGGGCAAGUGUCAUCUUCUGGCACCCUCCCAAAUACAGGACCUGUGAAUUUUGGCUUACCUGGCCUUGGAUCAACAGCUCAUCUUCUCAUUGGCCCUGCACCCAUGGUUAAUUCGAAGUCAUCCACACUCCCUUCUGCAGACCCUCAGCUUCAGGCUCAACCUUCUCUGGACUUAAGUCCCGUUAUGGCAAGAACAUACAAGCUUCAACCUGAAUCUCCUGUUUAUAUGGGACAUCCAGUCUCAGUAGUAAAACUGCAGCAGUCACCAGUUCCACUGACCCCCAAAAGCACCGGACGCACAAAUCGCGAGACAUUUUUCAAGACACCUGGGAGCCUCAGGGAUCCAGUCCUUAAGAGAAGAGAAAAGAAUCAGUCACGGAACACCAGCUCCGCCCAGAGGAGACUAGAAAUCCCCAGUGCUGGGGCUGACUAGCUGGACACUUUGGCGAGUGAGAGUGGCAUCAAUCCAUCUAUCUGCACAUCCCUAUUCCAGACUACAGCAUCCCAAGCAGGAUACAAACCAUGUGUGCCGCAGCGCAUCCUUCCCCUUUGUCAUCCACUUGCCACAUCAUGAAUCAUUUUGUCAAUUGUGCAUGUAAUACAAGUUAAAGUGCAGACUGCCUGGUGUCACAGUGAAAGCACCUACUGACUUAUGUGGUUUGUUUCAAGGUUCUUCAACUUAUUGUUAGAAGUAGAUCUAAACAGACUCCUGGAGCCAUGUGGUUAUUCUGAAUGGGGAGUGUCUAGCACUUAAUUUGGGGCGCAGUCUCCACAUGUGUUUCCACUCACCCUGAGCAACCCUGUGGUGAGGGAAACUUGUUUCUGCAGUUUACAAAGCUACUGCUUCCUUAGGCUUCACCAAGAAGCCACCUUCAGUUGUGAAUCCUAUGGUAUUAUUUAUUUUGUUCCUGAAAUGGGAUUUAGUGCAAAAAGUUUACAACUUACAGCCUAACACAUUUUUUUCAGGGUAUGACGACUUGAAUGUUUGUAUUUUCUUCUGUAAUUUGCCCUGCACUUAUUCUACAACCUAGUAAUAUAAUAAUGUGGAUGAAUGUGCCUAUGUGACCAAUGUUAUGACCAAAAUAACUGUGAAUGACACACCUUGCUCUAAAGGAACUGUGCCAUCAUGACCUAUAACCAUGAGAACCAAUAUGAAUGCUGGCAGCAUGGUCACUGCUUCCCAAAUAACUGUGUGAACCAUGAGAUUGGUUGUUUGUUCAAAAUAACCCCAAUGUUGCGUCUCUUUCAUUAUAUGCCCUGCAUUUUUUUUUUAAAUUUAAAUGGCAAGUGUAGAAUAUCAGGUAUGGAUGCCAUCUAAUAAUUGCUCUUUCCAAAAUAAAUCAGGAUGGUAGAAAAGACUUUUGUAGAACAUUAGAACCCAGAUGGUUGAAUUUCUCUACAGUCUUGAUGUGGAAAUUGAUACAGGGCAACAGGGGGGUUAUUUUAUUUUUCUUUACUUGUCUUCAUGUUUGGAAGGAUAGGAGGAAAAAUAGAUAUAUUUUGCUCCAUUUCCAAGAGGGAAUUCUGAUAAAUAAGAAUGAUGAGUGCAGGGCUUCACUGUUCUAGCAUGAAUCCAGUUCUGGAAACUCUUAUGCAAUUCCCCUUUGUUAAACCAUAUUACUUUUAGGAGAUCAUUAAGUGGCCAAACUAGUUCCUUGUAUUCCUAGAUUUAAUGGUAUUUACCUCAGUCUUGGCUCUUCAGAGGAAAUGGCUUUCUUUCUCCAUCCCUUCCCACGUCCCUCCUUUCUCUCCUACUCUCCUUAUUUCCUUCCUUUCUACUCCCUCUAGUCUUCAUUUUUUCAAAACUCCUUAGAUUUUAAAUCUCAAUAUAUGGUUUUUUUUAAAUUUUGGAUCCAACAAAAUGUUAUAUGGAAGAAUAAUAUUAAGUUAACAGACUCUGGAAGUCUGUAGUAGCUUUAUAUUAACUACAGGAUAAUAUUAGUCUUAUUAUCCCUACGAGCUAUUUGAAAACUUGAGGUAAGUAGCCAGACUAAAUAAAUUUGCUACUUAUACAAACUUUUAUCAACACUAAACUUUUAAAGUUUCCAAGAUAUUUUUCCCUUUUUUUCCCAGUCUUUAGAAUUAGAUGGAAAAAAUGAUUUUGUCAACUGCACGAUAAUGAUUAUUCUCAUUAAUAGUAAUGGGUUCCCCCUUUGAAACAAGUAAAAAUAGCCCUAUUCAUACAGAUGACACAGAAUGUGCAGCUCAGAAGUCUGUAUUUGCGUCUUGAAUGUUUCCCCAAGCAUAAGAGCACAACUAAAUAUUCUUGCUAAGAAGUCUACAUUUAGUUGGAAACACAAACUUGGUUUUCCCUUCCUGUCCCUAGAUGUCCUCCACUUAUCUUAACUUUUUUGCUAUCCUUUUUUUUCUGUCCACUCAUAUGACUUCAUUAACCUCAGAGCAUUUGUGCUUCUUGAGAGGUGUUAAGAAGCAACCCCAUAAGUAAGAAUAUUCUGAGAUUGUGAUAGUACAUAGCAAUAGAAACUAAGAACAAAUUACUUCUGUCUUCAGCACUGGCUUGAUAUACAUCAAAACAAACUAAUAAUGUAGUCACCGUUCCUGCCAGGAAAAUAGUCUUUCUUAAAGAAUAGCUGAUGGCAGUGAUACUGCUGAGCUAGACUUUGAUAUGUUGGAUAGUGAAGCAGUAGUGGCAAUCUUGA